AUGUUUGGUGCUCAGCUGCUUGACAAAGGGUUAAUUUGGAGGCUCGGGAAAGGCGAUAAGGUUAAGUUUUGGAGAGAUAAAUGGAUCAGUGAUGUGCCUCUUAUGCAGAUAGUAGAUCUUGCUCCUGAUCUCAAUUUGAAUUCUCUUGUUUCUGAUUUUUUUGUGAAUGAUUGGUGGGAUGUUGAGAAAUUGAGGAGUGUUCUUCCUGAGGAAUGGGUCCAAAAAGUUACUGGUUGUUCAGCUGAUUUUCAGGGCUUAUUGGAGGAUUGUCAUAUCUGGAAACCUACUUCUAAUGGGUUAUUCUCUGUCAAGUCCGCUUACAGCUUGCUUUUUCAAGGGGAGAAAAUUCUCUCCAAUGAACAGCGAGUUCAAAAACAUCUUACUGGGAAUUGUGCUUGCGAUUACUGUAAGUGGCCUAUUGAAUCUACUUUGCAUAACUUAAGAGAUUGUUCUAGAGUUAGAAAGACCAUUAUUGGUACUAAUAGUGGAGCUAAUAAGGUGCAAGUGUUGUUGGCUUGGGUCCCUCCUGAAGUUGGUGUUGUCAAGUUAAAUAUAGAUGGGUCUCGCAGGGGUGUUACUGGUGCCAUUGGUGCUAGAAAGGUCCUAAAAGAUCAUUUGGGUCAAUGGAUUGGUGGUUUUGUUGUCAAUUUAGGCCGGGGAGAAGUGAUUGAAGCUGAGUUGUGGGGUAUGUUUUUUGGGUUGAAUUUGGCUGUUAAGAAAAAAGUAGAUGAUAUUGUUAUUGAGAUGGAUUUUGAUACUGCUGUGCUUCUUAUUCAGAGAAAGGUUUCAAAUGCUUGUCAUCCUAAUGCUGGGUUGGUCAGCAGCUGUAAAAGGCUUAUGAAUCUGUUUCGAAGGAUCAAGCUUCAACAUAUAUAUAGAGAGAGAGGAAUGAUGCAGCUAAUGGGUUAG